UUGAUGAGUGUCAAGUUCAUAAUCAGUGCAAGAAUGGAGGCUCCUGUCAAAACUCCCCUGGUUCUUUCAAAUGCAAAUGCCAGGCAGGAUGGAGUGGACAGACGUGUGAAAUGGAUGUGAAUGAAUGUGCACAGGGGUACUGUAUCAAUGCAACUCAAUGUAUCAAUAAACCUGGUUCCUUUUUAUGCAACUGUUCACAUGGAUUUGGUGGACGCUAUUGUACAGAUAGGAAUGAAUGUACUGUAACGUCACAAAAUUGUAAACAUAAUAGCACUUGUUUUAAUACAUAUGGCUCAUAUAACUGUGACUGUGUUGAAGGCUUUACUGGAAAAAGAUGCGGCGUAGACGUGGACGAGUGCAAACAUUCGGUAUGUGGCUUACACAGCAAGCAUUGCACAAACAGUGUUGGAAGUUACAGCUGUAACUGCAGCGACGGUUGGACAGGAAAGACAUGUGUUGAAGAUGUAGACGAAUGUGCACAUAGGCCUUGUAAUAAUGGUACCUGUAGUAAUACAGUCGGCAGUUAUAAAUGUACAUGUUAUCAAGGGUAUGCAGGAAAAGACUGCGAAAAUGAUUUUGAUGAAUGCUCUGUAGCAACAUGUGCAAACAAUGGAACAUGUGUAAAUUUACCGUAUCCACAAAGAUAUCGGUGCGAUUGUCGCAGUGGUUGGGAUCCCAAAACUCGGUGUCGACAUCAGUUAGAUGAAUGUAAAGUCUUACAACCAUGCGAUCAUGGAACGUGUUCUAAUGUUCAUGGGCAUUACAAAUGUGCAUGUGACACCGGUUGGACUGGCAGGAACUGCAGCGUUGAUUUAGAUGAGUGUAAAUAUCAUCCUUGUUUGCAUAAUGGAACAUGUACUAAUAUACUCGACGGCUACACAUGUCACUGUUCCUUAGGGUGGGCGGGAAAGAAUUGUACAACUGAUAUAAAUGAAUGCGAUAUCAUUCAUCCUUGUAUUCAUAACAGUAAAUGCAAAAAUUUAGACGGAGGAUACACUUGUCAGUGUGCCGCAGGUUGGAUGGGACAAAACUGUUCUGUUGAUGUAAAUGAAUGUAAUACGCUUCAUCCUUGCAACAGUAAUGGUAACUGCAGUAAUACUGUAGGCGGAUACGUUUGUCAUUGCGCCGUAGGAUGGACAGGUCAAAACUGUUCUGUAGAUGUUAAUGAAUGUAAUAGGUUUCAACCAUGUCAAAAUAAUGGUGCAUGCAGUAAUACGAGAGGAGGGUACACGUGCAAUUGUUCAGUAGGAUGGCAGGGAUAUAACUGCACAAUUGAUGUUAAUGAGUGUGAUACGUCUCAUCCGUGCCAGAAUAAGGGAUCAUGCAUCAACAAGGAAGGAAAGUAUACGUGUCAGUGCCCCAUACAAUGGACAGGACAAAAUUGUACUGAUGAUGUCAAUGAAUGUGAUAUGUUUCAUCCAUGCCAGAAUAAGGGCUCAUGUUUCAACGUGAAAGGAAAUUAUACAUGUCAGUGCCCCAAAGAAUGGAAAGGACGAAACUGUACCGUUGAUGCCGAUGAAUGUGAUACUCUUCAUCCAUGCAAGAAUAAUGGCGUGUGUCUCAACACGAAAGGAAAUUAUAUAUGUCAGUGCCCUAAAGAAUGGAAAGGACGAAACUGCACCGUUGAUGUCAAUGAAUGUGAUACUUUUCAUCCUUGCCAGAAUCAGGGCUCUUGCGUCAACACAAAAGGAAACUAUACAUGUCAGUGUCCCGUAGAAUGGAAAGGACAAAACUGUACUGCUGAUGUCAAUGAAUGUGAUAUUUUUAAUCCAUGCCAGAAUAACGGCUCAUGUAUCAACAUAAAAGGAAAUUAUACAUGCCGUUGUCCCGAAGAAUGGAAAGGACAGAACUGUUCGGUGGAUGUCAACGAAUGUAAAACUUUUCACCCAUGCCAGAAUGAGGGCUCGUGCAUUAACACAGUAGGGAAUUAUAUGUGUCUGUGUCCCGUAGGAUGGAAUGGACAAAACUGCACCGUUGAUGUCAAUGAAUGUGAUAAUUUCCAUCCGUGCCAGAAUAACGGCAUAUGCAUGAACACGGUAGGAAAUUAUACAUGUCAGUGCCCCUCGGAAUGGAAAGGACGAAACUGUACCGUUGAUGUCGAUGAAUGUGAUACUUUUCAUCCGUGCAAGAAUAAUGGCAUGUGUCUCAACACGGAAGGAAACUAUACAUGUCAGUGCCCGGCGGAAUGGAAAGGUCGAAACUGUACCCUUGAUGUCGAUGAAUGUGUAACUUUUAAUCCGUGCCAGAAUAAGGGCGUGUGCCUCAACACAGUAGGAAAUUAUACAUGUCAGUGUCCCAAAGAAUGGAAAGGACAAAACUGCUCUCUGGAUGUCAAUGAAUGUAAAACUUUUCAUCCUUGCCAGAAUGAGGGAUCAUGCAUUAACACAGAAGGAAAUUAUACGUGUCAGUGUCCCAAAGAAUGGAAAGGACAAAACUGCACCGUUGAUGUCAAUGAAUGUGAUAGUUUCCAUCCUUGCCAGAAUAACGGCUCAUGCAUGAACAUGGUAGGAAAUUAUACAUGCCAGUGUCCCUUGGAAUGGAAAGGACGAAACUGUACUAUUGAUGUCAAUGAAUGUGACACUUUUCAUCCGUGUCAGAAUAACGGUUCAUGCAUGAACACGGUAGGAAAUUACACAUGUCAGUGCCCCAAGGAAUGGAAAGGACAAAACUGUACUGUUGAUGUCAAUGAGUGUGAUACUUUUCAUCCGUGUCAGAAUAAGGGCACGUGCCUCAACACGGGAGGAAAUUAUACAUGUCAGUGUCUCAAAGAAUGGAAAGGACAAAACUGUACUGUUGAUGUCAAUGAAUGUGAUACAUUUCAUCCUUGCCAGAACAAAGGAUCAUGUAUGAACACAGAAGGGAACUAUGCAUGUCAGUGUCCCGUAAAAUGGAAAGGGCGAAACUGUACCGUUGAUGUCAAUGAAUGUGAUACUUUUCAUCCAUGCCAGAAUAACGGCUCAUGUAUAAACAUGGUAGGAAAUUAUACAUGUCAAUGUCCCGCGGAAUGGAGCGGGCAAAACUGUACCGUUGAUGUCAAUGAAUGUGAUACUUUUCAUCCCUGCCAGAAUAACGGCUCAUGUAUAAACAUGGUAGGAAAUUAUACAUGUCAGUGUCCCGCGGAAUGGAGCGGGCAAAACUGUACCAUAGAUGUCAAUGAAUGUGAUACUUUCCAUCUGUGCCAGAAUAACGGCUCAUGCAUAAACGUGAUAGGAAAAUAUACAUGCGAGUGUCCCAUGGAAUGGAAAGGACGAAACUGUACCGUUGAUGUCGAUGAAUGUAAUACAUUACAGCCGUGCCAGAAUCAGGGCUCUUGUGUCAACACGAAAGGAAAUUAUACAUGUCAGUGUCCCGUAGAAUGGAAAGGACAAAACUGUACUGUUGAUGUCAAUGAAUGUGAUACAAUUCAACCUUGCCUGAAUAAUGGCUCGUGCGUCAACACUCCCGGAAAUUAUACAUGUCAGUGUCCUUUCGAAUGGAAUGGUCAAAAUUGUUCCAUUGAUGUCAAUGAAUGUGUUACAUUUCAACCAUGCCAGAAUAAUGGUACAUGUGUCAAUACGGAUGGAAAUUAUACAUGUCAGUGUCCCAUGGGAUGGAAAGGACAAAACUGUUCCGUUGAUAUAAAUGAAUGUGAUACGUUUCAUCCAUGCAAAAAUAGUGGUGCAUGCAGUAAUACGAGAGGUGGGUACAGAUGUCAGUGUGUCACAGGAUGGAAGGGAAAGAACUGUUCCGUAGACGUCAACGAGUGUGAACUCCACUCUACAUGCCUUCAUAAUGGAAGAUGUAGUAACUUUGACGGCGGAUAUAAAUGUACUUGUCCUCUUUAUUGGACUGGUAACCAAUGUGAAACCGACGUAAACGAAUGUAGUAGUUCACCGUGCAAGCAUGAUUCAACGUGUAAUAACUUUGACGGCGGUUAUACCUGCGUUUGUCUUCCAAGCUGGACCGGUACCAAUUGUGAAACCGAUGAAGAUGAAUGCAUUAAUUUCCCCUGUAAGCAUAACGGAAAUUGUUCUAACACAUACGGUGGAUACAUCUGUACCUGCCCUAUAAACUGGAGCGGCAACCAUUGUGAGACAGAUGUCGAUGAAUGUAAAAGUUAUCCGUGUAGAAAUAAUGGAACUUGUUACAAUCAUGCUGGUUCAUAUAGCUGCAACUGUACUAAUGAAUGGCAAGGAAAGCAUUGCGAAACCGAUUUUGAUGAAUGUAGGGACAGUCAUAACCCUUGUGAAAAGGGGUAUCUAUGCUAUAAUACUAACGGAGGUUUUGUUUGCAAACAUGAUGACAAAGAAACAACAUGGCCUGUAACAACACAUGCUCCAACAACAAAUUUGCCUGCAACAUCAACAAAGAGCACUAAUUCCACAGUCCUUCCAAUAUCUAACAAACCAUUACACACAACAACAGCUACAACUGAAAUGGUUGGCCCUACAAGCGAAAGUAAAUCACAUAUUCAUACUAGAACAACAACAGCUUCCACAACAAUAACCACUACUACACCGACACUGACACAAGCAAGCAGAACAACACAUGCAUCUUCGACAUCGAUAAAAACCAGCGGUGCAACAUUUGCAUCUUCCACUACGACGCAGAUAAGCCCUACAAUAUCUGUAGUUUCCACAUUGAACAAAACAAGCCGAGUAAACAUUGAAGGUUCUUCAUCGACACACAUAAGCAGUAAAACGUAUAAAGCCUCGACAUCUACAGCUUCCUUAUCGGCAAAAAGAAGCAGUAAAGAACCAGGCACUACUCCAUCGACACAAUCUAGCAGCCCAAGACCGACGGACCUUUCAGUGACUGGAUUUGGUCUGUAUACUUUAAUGCUAUGAAA